AUGAAUAGGCAAGCUAUACCAGAUACCUCAACAUCAAAUAAGAGAAACAAUUGUGUGCUCAAGUCACCUGUGAACAGUAACGUUCAAUAUAGUGAUAUAUCAUCUGAUGAGCUGCCACAAAAUGACAACCUUGAUUUUGGCGAUGAACCGGAUGUCAGUUUUAGUGGUCAGACGUCUGAGGUGGAUCAAAACAAUAAUGACGUGAAUGGAGUUAAAAACGCCAAUACAGAUGGCGUCGAGGUCAUUAGUGACGUUGAGGACGUUGUUGUUAAUAAUCAUAGGGAUGAUGACGCCAACGUGAAUGGCGUCAAUACAGAGAGUGAAAAUGAGUAUGACGCCAACCAAGAUGGCGGCAAUAGUGAAAAUCAUUAUGAUAAUGACGCUGAAGAUGACGUCAAUGAAAGUGAUGACUCUAGUGUUACUGAUAACGUUAACGUAAAAAAUGAUGUCAAUGAUAGCGCAAACGAUAGUUAG